GUAUUUCUUUGUUUAAGGUCGAAAGCGGCAAUUAAAGGCAGUUUCUGAACCUGAAAAAAUGUAUAAACAACUGCUUCCAGUAUCCGAAAUGAAGAAAAGGGAUUUGGAAAAACAAUGUCAUACCUGCCAGGUUUCACGAUGAAUUCUUUAAAUUAAAAUGAUUUGUUUUCAUCCACCCCACACUGGAUAGAUCUGCAGCCAUGUGUCCACGACCCAAACCAGCAGAGACAAAGCCUUGCAACACCAAAAGCAGCAUUGUGGACAUUGAUCAGCCUCACAUCGACAUGUCAAACAGUACGUUCAUUCAGUAUGACAACAAGAAGAUUUCGUUGAGAAUUGGUGAAUUAAGGUCAAGUGAACAGUCAAAAGACGUUCUCAAAUUCCCGAGGAUACAGGGUGGUCGAGUUUCCUCGAAAUUCCAUGGACAUUUUCAAAUCUGGAUCACCGUGGAAGAAUGAUCUCAAGAUCGCGACAUCCUGAAUUCCUUAGAAAAGCAAAAUUUCGGAGUAAUGAAUCGGGGUAGGGAAAACGUUACCAUUCUUGGAGAUUGGAAUGAAGAACGGCAAUUGGUGUUUGAGAGGAAGACCAGUUCAUAGACCAAAUGUACAGAAACAUGUGGGAGGGAUGGCUUUCAAGUUAGAAUGGUGAGGUUCCUUGUCAGGUAUG